UCCCCAGGUCACGAUAAGCUCGUCCUCUGGUCUGUCGACAGCCCACAUCUUGGCGCAAACCGCGCGGUGGCGCAGAGUGAGCCCGAGACUGGCAAGAUGGCUGCGUUCGUGAGAGUCUCGGGGCCGCCAAACAGUAAUUUUCUCGUGGGAUAUCCGGGCAUCUCGGCGACGCUGCCUCGUAUAGAAGGCAAGGUGGAAAUUAGACCCCUCACUGGCAUCUCUGCGCCGGUUGCGAUUUCAUUGGUGAGGAUAUGCUUGCAACGGAGAGAGACGAUACAUCCGUCGGCAGAGUCGAUAGCGAAGAAGCAUCUGGGGACGCCGAGGAGAGAGACAACCGAUGUGGUGGGGAAGGAGCUACUGUUAUUUAGGUGUCCGGCUGGCAGGGAAUCCGAGAGCGUAGUAUUGAUGGACCUACCGUUCGUAUUGUUCAUACCGUUUGGCAGAGGAGGCGAAGAGAGCAAUAGGCGAAUACCCCCCGCAUCAUUACAACUUCCCAGUCGGACGGCGGAGACAUUCUAUGAGUUGGUGGUGACCGUCCAGCAAGGCCAGGAGCAGAAGAAGUUUGCAUUCCCAGUACCGAUACAACGAUAUGAUACCCUCUCUACCUUUGGAAUGUACAAUAGGCCGGAAGCUGCAGAGAAAACGUCGGAUCAUCUGGUAACUUUGGGUAUCUCGUUACCACGUUGGUCUUAUGGUCCUUUGGAUCCUGUAAGCGUCUACAUAAAACUAUCACCAAACCCAGAUUGGAUGAACAAGGCGAAAAAGGUCAUGAUACAGAAAAUUACAAUCGGCAUAGAAGAGGAGAUCACUUAUAACCCAGAAGGCGACGAACCAACAAAGAAGAUUAAUCGAAUAGCCAAACACACUCAAACGGUGGGGGUCAAGAUGCCAGAAGCAGGCUAUUUCACAAACUUAGGACUUGUAUUUCCAUCGAAAGAGCUACGGGAUCCGGAGGGUAUUAUUCGUCGAGGGAAGCCUGCAUUUCCAAUGUAUUCGGUCAACUCAUUCACAACCACAGGAACUCUUUACAAGAUAGAAUUCUUCUUGAUCAUCAAGGCACAUAUGUCUGCAGCAAGAGACAUUGUUCUACGACAACCCAUAGUGGUUUGUCCCCUGGAUCAACAGGACUGUAAAGAGGAAAUGGAUGCCAUCGAACAAGCCGCAAAAGACGCAUCUCACGUAGACCCUCACAACCCCAUGUUACCAGCCUGCACCAUCAUCCGAGCCAACGACAAAGAUGCAUUGAAAGCCCUCGGCUGGACCAUGGUAGGCGGACAGAAGAAAAUGGUGAUUGAGUGAAAAUAGUUGCUCAACACUAGUACGUCGAUUCCCACGGAAUCACCACGAUGACGACACGAUUUCGCAUCGAUUUUUUGCAUCUCAAAAAGACUGAGAUACCACGAUAUGAUCUCCAAGCAACAUCGCAGAGAGAGGAAUCAAUUCACGUCAGCACGAGAAGGCGACGAUCUGGGCACGGCGCUGGCGUUAUAGGGCGGAGGCAGGGUCAUCGAGCCCAUAAUUCUCAGAAGCAAGGCGUGCGCAGGAUUUGAAACAAACGUCAAAAGAAUCUUCCAGCAGAUACUGGAUGGUUUGGCAUUUACAGGGGCGUUGGACGAAGCCUUACUUCAUCACGUUGUAUAUGAAUGAUGGAAUGGAUGAAAACAUCAUGGCCAUGACCAAACAGCGAUGAGAUGAUCCCAUUCUUGUAAUGUACGACGUAGUUCAAUU